GGAAACACCCAGAGGCUCAGGGAAAAAAACAGUUUUUAUGCUCAGGAUAGAUAAAAAGUGGGCAGCUUUGGGAAAUGUGACUGGGCGGAAGUUCCAUUCUCAUGACAACAGACUAGUGGAGGUGGGUACCCAGCAAGGUCCGUGUUUUCUGGGUUGCUCUCUGUUGCUGGAAUAAACACUGUGACUAAAAGCAACUUGGGAAGGAAAGGGUCUCUUUCCGUGUGCUGGUUACAGCUCAUCAAGGGUGGAAGCCAAGGCAGGAACUUGAAGCAGAAACCUGGUAGGUGAGCUGCUGACCCACUUCCUGUCAGGUUCACGUUGAGCACCCUUUCUCAUGAAGCCCAAGCCCACCUGUCUAAGGGAUGGCACCACCCGCAGUAGACCCAGCUCCCCUGCAUAAAUGAGCAAUCAAGAAAAGGCCCACAGCUGGGGAUGGUGAUUCACGCCUUUAAUCUCAGCACUUGGGAGGUAGAGGCAGGUGGAUCUCUGUGAGUUUGAGGCCAGUCUGGUCUACAAAGCUAGUUCCAGGACAGCCAGGGCUGUUACACAGAGAGACCCUGUCAGGGGUGGGGGUGGGGGAUGGGAGGAGAAAGAAAAGAAAACACAUGCUCACAGACCAACAAAUUAGCGAUCAAGAAAAGCCACAGACAGUCAUGCAUACAGGAUGGAUGUAGUUCCUCAGCAGAGGGUCCUCUUCCCAGGAUCCCAACCUGUCUGGAUUCUCCUUUGCUCUGUACAACAAGCAUUCUUUCCUGCUGGAAUGAGUCCUCCCUCGGAGAGAGGGGAGAAUGACAUGUCUAGGUUUCAUAGUUUGUUUGGAACGACAGGUGUCUAUUUUACAUGCUCCACUUUGGGGAAAAGGAAUUCUAAUUUUUAUGACUGGCUUUGGGAAAGCAAAGAUUCAGGAGAGAGGAGAGCCUGGGAAGGGGUCAGAAGGCUUCUUCACGUCCAGGGCAUGCUAAAAUGCUGCACUGCAGGGACCUGUAUUCUGAGUUUCCGACAGAGGGCCAAAUCCUUAGAAACGUUUGCUCCUAAACCAGCUUGUGCUGACAUCGGGUUAUCUGCUAAUUUGGGCAGACUGGUUGAAAACUGGUAUCUCACGAUUUCAGUUUCUAUUUCUUUACAAAGGAGAUCACGCUCUGCCAUCCAUUUGCCUUUCUUCGUAUUUCUUUAGUUUCACUUUGAGGCCCGCGCUAGGUUUCCCGUGUCUCAGGCCUCAGCGCGGAGGCCGGGUGGCGAGUUGGGUGGGCAGCAUCGUGCCUUGCCUCUGUGCUCCGCAGGUGCUGAGCUGGGAUGCAGGGGACCCCGCCGGCGGGAAGGCGCUGGGGGAGACCCGGCUUGAGAAAGAGCUGGAGAGAGCAGAGUGCACGGAGCCGGGUCCAGGAAUCAUCCAGAUUCCCGCGGGGCAUCCUGCGCAGGAGCAGCACAGGCCGGGGAGCUCUCCCUAGCGGGGCGGCGGACACAGGACCCCGCCCUUCCGCGCUCCGUCUCCCGGGCGACGGGAACUGGAAAGUGAAAGCGGAACCUGCCCGCACUGGCUUUAGGUCUCCCGCUGCGGGCCGAGCUUCUCCUCCGCGCCAUGGCAAGUCGCUUUCCUCGGGGUCGGGGUGCGGGAAGGCGCGCCCAGGGUCCCGGAGCACGUGUCCCUUGCGAUCGCGCGCCCCGAAGUGGCCGUCGCGGGUGCGGCAGGCUUCAGCAUUGAAGAUCAGAGACCCCACAGUUUCUGAGAGAACGAUUGUAGUCUCUGGUCUUCCAGUUGGCCUUUCCAAAGACCAGCUGGUGAAGCGUUACUUCCAAGAUGAGGGCAGACACGUGGAAGAGGUGAUUUAUCCAUCAAGAACCAAAGGAGUUGCAUAUGUCAUAUUCAAAGAAAAGAAAGCUGCACAGAAUGUCAUCAGACAAAAGAAACACCCCCUGGCCUCAAAGCCUCAGCUCACCGUCUCUCCGUUCAGUGAAAAGGUCUUCAACUAUGUGAUGGCUAUUCUUGAUCUGUCCGUUUUUCGGACUCAAACUGUACUAGAAAGCCUGGUAAUGGACCUGAAGAUGAAAAUCCCAGCUUUAAACUUCAGCCCGUUGGGACCCAGUGGGAAAAUCUCAGUGCAAGGUUCAUUUCUGGCUCUCAUGAAGCUCAAACAGGCUUUGAUAGCAAAAGCCAUCUCUGCUUUAGAAAGCAACAGGAAGGAGGAUGCCGGCAAGAGGAGAAAUCGCACUAGACAGAACCCUGGAGGCGUCCUACGGGGAAGGGAGACCUCUGCAGCGGCACUCGGGACCUCUGUACCUGAGUCUGCCAGAAGCCAAGGGACACUUGUGCUUGAUACAGACGUUUUCCUUUACCUGAAACACAAGUGUGAGUUGUAUGAACUAACACUGAACAAAUACCGUAUCCUGUGUCAGGAGAGUGUGGAUGGUGAUGUCACCACCAUUUGUCUACAAGAUGCUGACAAUGGGUCUCGCCCUAGCGGUGUCAGACAUGUGAAAGAGCUCAUUGAGGAGUGGGCCCAGGGGCUCCACCUUGAGCUCAGAAAAGAGACACUGGUUUUGGAAGGAAAGGGAGAGAGAGAGAAAAGAAAUAUUAAGCAGGCUUGUGAACGGCUGCGUUACAGAUAUCUUAGAGUUUUGAUUAAUCCUCACCACACACAUAUAGACAUUAUAGGACCUUCGUCUGACACAUUCCUGUUUAAGGCAGAGCUCAUGAAAUCCGCAGGGCAAAAGGUCACUUGAGGUCUCAGGCACAGUUGUUGUGGUCGCUUUCCCCCUGACUGAGAAGUGACUGUGCUUGCCUCUCAUUUUGUCCAGAUUUUAUUGUAUAUAUCAUUGUCUUCAUGCUAUAGGAGAAGAAGGUAGGAUUUAGGGAAAUUAAAAUACUUAUCCAAAGUUAUCCAGCUGACAAUGAAUGGGCCUGGUGUUGAAUACAAAAACAAUACCUAAAUCAAACUGAAAAACAAAACAAAACAACAACACCUCACUAAACUUAGAAGAAACCUCACUUUUCCUGCAACUCCAAAUUAUUAGGCAAAGAAGUUUUUUCCCCUGACAGAGGUUUGUAUGAUUACCACGCUAUUGCUAAGUUCUCAGGGUUUGUAUUUACUCCAUAUAGCAUUAGAAUGUUGCCUAGGAUCACUUGGAAAAGUAGUGGUUCUGUUAGAAUUGUAAGGAAUCUUGGGAGAAAUUUGUGUGCUUGCUAUUGUAGACAAAUCUUGUUUUACAACAGUGUGCCAGCCAGAUGCACGUUGUAAUUUCAAAACAUGGUGAGCCAAAAAAGUGCCUUUAACCCAUGUAACUUGCAGAACAUCCUAACUUUGCUACACUGUCUAUGGUAGAGAAAUGACUCCUUACCCUGGUUGCUGCGCUGAUUGACAGCUGGAGUUCACUGUUGCUGCUCAGCAUUGCUAGAGAGCAUUGCACGGUGCAUCACUAGCCUGGAGAAGAUUCAGCGUCUGAAGUGCUGACUAUAUACUCCUUUUGCACCAUAAUAAAGUAAAACUUACAGUAAAAUUAAAUUGUGAGUUGAACCAUCAUUGAGCCAAGCAAGGAUCAUCAGCAUUCUGAGCAUCUGUGAUCUUAUUCCUCAAAUGCUGUUACUUGAACAGCACGAUAAUAAAGACAAAGAAAGAAAAGCUGUA